GUCAUUUUCUCUGGGAAAACAGAAAAAGAAAACACAGUUACACCAAAGAGGGUGAGGGGGAGGAUAAGGAGAAAAUGGCAGCUUGGAGCAUUGGGUAUCAAAUUCAUAGUAUUAAUUUCAGUUCUCCAAUUCCUCUUCCUUCAAGGACCGAUUUCAGUUCUCUCUCUUUCACUUUCUCUAAUGCUAAAUACCCAAUACAAUGGAAUCACAUUGGGUGCCACAGAAUCUGUGCUCUACCAGCUGUUUCAAUAAUGGCUUCUGGAAGUUCCAGAGAGGUGCUUCCUCCUGCCCUUGAUUCCUCUUCAGAGCCACCAGCAAUCUUUGAUGGAACUCCAAAGCUUUAUAUCUCUUACUCAUGCCCAUAUGCCCAACGUACGUGGAUUGCUAGAAAUUGUAAGGGGCUGCAGGAAAAUAUUAAGUUGGUUCCUAUUGAUCUAAAGAACAGGCCAGAUUGGUACAAGGAGAAAGUUUAUCCAGCAAAUAAGGUACCAUCACUGGAACACAACAAUGAAGUUAAGGGAGAGAGUAUGGAUCUCAUUAGAUAUAUUGACAGUAACUUUGAAGGACCAUCACUUUUCCCUGAUGAUCCUUCCAAGAGAGAAUUUGCAGAAGAAUUGUUCUCCUACUUUGACUCCUUUUAUAAAGCUGUAAUUUCAUCUUUGAAGGAAGACAAAAUAAAUGAUGCCAUUGCAGCAUUUGAUUCCAUUGAGACUGCUCUUUCCAAGUUUGUUGAUGGAUCUUUCUUCCUCGGUACAUUCAGUCUGGUGGAUAUAGCUUAUGCACCAUUUAUUGAAAGAUUCCAGCCCUUCUUGCUCGAGGUAAAGAACUACGAUAUUACAGCUGGCAGGACAAAACUUGCAGCAUGGAUCAAGGAGAUGAACCAAAUUGAGGCUUAUACAGUAACUAAACGUGACCCAAAGGAGCAUCUGGAGAACUAUAAAAGACGUUUCUUGUCUCAGCUCUGAUGAGCUCGGUCAUUACACAUCAUCCACAAUUAUGCAAAGAUUACUACUGAACAGUUUAUAUGUGAAGGGGCCGUCUUGUUCAUUGUAUUAGAAUAUGAUUAAUCUCAAUGCAUAUGGUAUAAAUAUAACUAGCGUACGGUUUGUUGUCGCAUAAA